AUGGUUUACGGAGAAUUGAUAGGGAAAGCAGAUUCUUUAGGAGAACUAAUCCGAAAAUUAGAAGGUCAAGUAGCUGAGAUAGCAACUGCAAUAAAGAGAGAUGCUGGAUGUCUUCCCGGAAGGACUGAUCUAAACCCAAGACGUCAAGUCAGUGACGUAAUGCUGCGCAGCGGGAAAAACCUCGCAGCAGACACGAGGAAUAGUUCAGAUGUUGGGAAGCCUGACAAUACCGAUGAGACCGGGAAAAGCAACUUUCAUCCUAUUUUUCUUGACGAACUUGACCCAAAUCCAUCUCAAGACAACCGGAAAACCACCGCUGAAAAGGCUAAGGAAAAGGCAAUAGACUUAGAACUAGAAGAAGAUACGGAGAUUGAGGAUGAGAUCGAUCGACAGUACGGAACUGACGUCGAUCGACCCAAAACACCCACCAUCGAUCGACAGCCGGAGAAUCCCAUCGAUCGACGGUCUACUCAACCCGAACCCAUAAUUGAAAGAGUCUAUAGAACUUUACCCCCUUUUCUUCCUAAAACGCAAACUAAGAAAUCAUUAGAAAACGCAAUCUGCAAGAAAGCCUUAGAUAGGAUUUCUGUCGAGAUGUCUCUUAGCGAUGCUAUAAAAAUAGCACCUUCGAUUAAGAAGUAUAUAAAAGAUAUGACAUCUCCGAACUAUCCAAUCGCAGAACAUAGCGUGAUGAUGAUUUCAGAAGAAGUAAGUGCUAUGAUUAAAGGAGAAACUCCAAUGAAGAAAUCAGAUCCUGGUAGUUUCGUCCUAGAUUGUAAAAUAGAAAACACACGUUUCCCUAGAUCAUUAUGUGACCUCGGCUCUAGCGUGAACCUUAUGCCUUACUCUGUUGCAGUAACGUUAGGAUACAAAGAGUUUAUGCCAACUCCGAUCACCUUGGUUUUAGCUGAUAGAUCUAUUAGGGUACCCGAAGGAAUUCUCGAAGAUGUUCCCAUAAAGAUUAACGAUUGCAUCGUGCCUACGGAUUUUGUUGUGUUGAAAUACAGACAAGAACCCAAAGACCUCAUUCUGGGUCGGCCAUUCCUAGCUACAGCUGGAGCGAUCAUUGACGUCAAAGAAGGACGAAUUAAUUUGAACAUAGGGGAUAUCUCGAUGAUUUUUUUAUAUGGAGAAACUGAUUAA